GCCCCGGGGCCCCGCCUGACAGCUCCGGCGCCGCCGCCAUGCCGGGCGCAAUUGGGCCGGGGGCGGGCGGCGCGCGGAGCCUCUACCGGCGGAUCCUGCUGCUGCACCGGGCGCUGCCGCCCGCCCUGCGGGAGCUGGGCGACCGCUACGUCAAGGAGGAGUUCAAGAAGCACAAGGGCGCGGGGCCCGCAGAGGCACGGCGCUUCCUGCGGGAAUGGGAGAACUAUGCAGCGCUGAUAUGGCAACAAAUUAAUGACGACAAACAGAGCUCGAGAAAAAAGGCUGUAUUUGGAAUCCAACUCACAGAAGAAAAGCUUAAUGACUUCCGUGAUGAGCAGAUUGGGCAGCUGAAGGAGCUAAUGGAUGAGGCUACCAAACCUAAGCAAAAAAUCACUAUUUCUGAAGACUCAGAACACAAAAGCUGAAAGAUUCUGAACAUUUGACUUAAUGCAUACAGAACCAUUUUGUAACUUCCUUUUCCAGCUGGGUAGAAUGUGAUUUCUGUGGAAUGAUGGCUGCUGCUGCUGCCAUAACCUGUCUGAAGGUGGUAUCUCUGACUUUUUAUGCAAUUAUGUCUGGUAAAAUAGAAUCAUUAUGACAAUUUUAUGUUAAUUGCAGUGUUUUUGUUUUUCUAAUGGAAGGAAGGGAGACUUAAAGAAUUUGGUAAUGCUAAUUUGAUGUUUUAAAAAUAGAAGGUUUUAAUUUUAAUCAACUCGGAACAAAACUUCUUCCCAUUUUUACAUCAUCCUCUGCUGUGAAGGGGAAGGUACAGUUAACAUUUGUUUUUCUGAUAUGAAUUCAGUAGACAGAACAAAAGUAUGGUGCUGAAGUGCAUUCAUUUCAAUGGAAAGAAAUGAUCAGUAUUAGAAACGUACUGUUGUUAAUUCUUCUUCAGCUUCAUUGUGAAAUGUGCUUUAAAAUAAAAGAUGAAAUUCAUUAUUAAAUUGAUUUUGAAGAAA